AUGACGAACAUGGCGGAAGCCAAGUAUGUCAUUUAUGACCUUGAGCAGUACAAGCGUGAUCGUGGCACAAGAUGGAUACUCGAGACCUACAAGAGAACAUCUGCUGUAGGAGGCCCUCUUGACCUAUCCCAAUUCGACCCUGGUACAGCCCAUAUUUUGUGGGAAGGCCAAAGGCCGACCUGGCUUAGAUUCGGCCUUGUCAUAUUCCGUGCUGUGCACAGGACCGGUGAUAAUGUACCGCCUGGAUUUGUCCUCGGAAUCGUGGUAAAAGAGGAAUUGGAUCUCGAGUUGGCACAAUUCGAUAUCCACUUAAAUUUUAUCAGUGAGUUAUUUGUUAGCCAUGGAUGGAAGAUUAUUGACGUCUGGAUCCAAGAGGAAAGUUUGUAUCUCGAUAUCGAACUAGAUACCAAUGCCAUUGAUGCUGUCAAUGGAGAUGUUGAAGAUUAUCUCGAGCCGGCGAGGUAUUCCCGGUUGAGGGACGCUAGGCUGUCUCGAGGGCUGCACAAAAACCCCAACUCGUUCGUGCUAGUAUUGACAUUCCUAGAUGGCAUCCCACCAAUGCCUAGAAACUGGGUACUGCCUAGCGAGACACAACUUCCCGCCCCACGGUCUCGAUCGCCCGAAGAGCCAACCUCUCGAUCUCCCACCAACGAAAGUCUUGAGGAUCAAUCCAUUACACCAGCUUAUACAUCGGGCGAAUACGAAGCUGAUACUUCAGCAUCUCCCCCAAGUGUUGCAUCCGAUUCCGCGCUGACCAUUGACGACUACUCUGAUACCUUUCCUCUUCCUGACGACAAUCGGGAAUCUAUGACCGACGAUGAAGAAAGACUUGCUGCUAGAUUGGACGCUGAGUAUCGUCUGACGCGCGGUACUACGUAUUCCGAUCAAAGUACCUUUCAGGACAGAGAAAGCAAUCCAAGCACUGGUAACCGUUCGGAAGACUCCGGUGGUUAUUCUUCAGGCGCGGCCUUGAGUGAUCUGCUCAGGCGGGAUGGACAAAGCACCUUCACUACGGCUAACGACGAGGAUCGCAUUAGAAACGCGGCGGAGUCAGCUAACUCGGCAGGAAGCUAUCCAUACAGCAGCUACACUGAUAACUCUAACGGUAAUAAUAUAUCGGGUGAGUAUGUUCAACAUUCUACAAAUGGAAUCGACCCGCAAUUGCCCACCCAAUUGGCCGAAACCGAGACCACAGAGGCCGCUUCGCCAUAUAUGGAUUCUAAUGGAUCUUCACCUCCAAGGCGCAAGGCGAAAGAUCUCGGAGAAUACCUGGGUGUUUUUCAAAAACCACUCAAGAAAUCUCAACACCCACCCUCUCAAACUUCAUCAUCCGAAGAGAGCGUAAAAGGAUCGGGUUCUAGGUCAAAGUUUCUGCCGGGGAUGUUCAAGAGCAAAGAAAAGUCCAACUCUACUUCCACUUUAUCUACCGAGGGCGGUACAACAUCUCCUCGACGUUUGGUGAAGACUCGACCCGCUCCUGCUGGGACCAAAUCUGGAGCUGCAUAUGGUGGAUCCUUUAGUCGUGCUACCGGUCCGGGCUUCGCUAAUAGUGAACAAUCUCUCGGCGGAUCAGCAGGAAGAGCUACCGGGAGUAUUGCCAACGGUGACAUCGAUCGCAGCGCCAAUGAACCAGCACCUGCGCUCCCAGAUGUCUCGGGGACCGGUCGUCCUCGCAGAGUCAGGAAUCGGGAUAGCACUGAGACAGUCAACCAGGAAGAGUAUAGGAACAGCGGCAACUCAGUCAACAGUCAACCUCAAAUUAAUAAUGCCGCUCCCGUCGCUUCAGUCAUCAGAAAUGCCUUCUCUACCAGUUCUACUUCCUUCAAUUCUCUUGCCACCAAUGCGCAGAGCAACAUCGCCACAGCCGCCGCUCAGACUCCUGCUAUUGUACCACGUACUUUUCCAGCUGAUAGCUGGCAGGCGAGAGUGAGGGGAAACUACAAUGCCAGGAUUGAUCAGGCUGAGGAUGACUAUGAGGCAAGCGCUGAAAUCGAUGAAUUCGAAGUAGCCAGGAGAGCAGAUGAGGAGAAGGCAAGGACCAUGCGGUCCUGGGCGAGGAAACGUUAA